AACAAGACUGUCGUCCUGUCAACAUAUCGCAACCUCUUGCGCGCAACCCGCAUCGCCUUUCAAGGCGACCAAAGCACAUUAUACAACUCCCGUAGAUUCGCACGAGACUCAUUCGACAAGAACCGCGGAGUCAAGGCCGGUAGCAUUGAAGCAGAAAAGGCCGUCGAACAUGCACAAGGCGUAGCCCAGAUCUUGAGGGAAAAUGUAGUACAAGGCGCGACCGACAAGGAAGAAUCGGGAGCUUACAAACUGCGCAUUCACGAGCAAACCGAAAAGGGCGACAACGAGUCUGUCAAGCAGUUCAAGGGAACGACAAAGUCUUUCGCCGAAGUCAAG